AGCUGCGGCGCGUGACGCGGGGCGCGCGGCUCCGGCGGCUACAGCGGGCGGGCGCAGGCGACGGGGACGGCGGGCUAGCGGGCGGCAUGGCGGCGGCAGGGCUCGCGGCAGGGCCCACGGGGCCCGAGCCCAUGCCAAGCUACGCGCAGCUAGUGCGGCGCGGCUGGGGCAGCGCGCUGGCGGCGGCGCGGGGCUGCACGGACUGCGGCUGGGGGCUGGCGGCCCGCGGCCUGGCCGAGAACGCGCACCUGGCGCCGCCCGAGCUGCUGCUGCUGGCCCUCGGCGCGCUGGGCUGGACCGCUCUGCGCUCCGCGGCCACCGCGCGCCUCUUUCGGCCCCUAGCGAAGCGGUGCCGCCUCCAGCCCAGAGAUGCCGCCAAGAUGCCAGAGAGUGCUUGGAAGUUUCUCUUCUACCUGGGCAGCUGGAGCUACAGUGCCUACCUGCUUUUUGGCACCGACUACCCCUUCUUCCAUGACCCACCCUCUGUCUUCUACGACUGGACACCGGGCAUGGAUGUGCCACGGGACAUUGCAGCUGCCUACCUGCUCCAGGGAAGCUUCUACGGCCACUCCAUCUACGCCACGCUGUACAUGGACACCUGGCGUAAGGACUCGGUGGUCAUGCUGGUCCACCACGUGGUCACCCUCCUCCUCAUCAUCUCUUCCUAUGCCUUCCGGUACCACAAUGUGGGCAUCCUUGUGCUUUUCCUGCACGAUAUCAGCGACGUGCAGCUUGAAUUCACCAAGCUCAACAUCUAUUUCAAGUCCCGCGGCGGCUCCUACCACCGGCGGCAUGCCCUGGCAGCAGACCUGGGCUGCCUCAGCUUCGGCUUCAGCUGGUUCUGGUUCCGCCUCUACUGGUUCCCACUCAAGGUCCUGUAUGCCACGAGUCACUGCAGCCUGCGCGUGGUUCCUGACAUCCCCUUCUACUUCUUCUUCAACGCGCUCCUGCUGCUGCUCACCCUCAUGAACCUCUACUGGUUCCUGUACAUCGUGGUGUUUGCAGCCAAGGUGUUGACGGGCCAGGUGCGAGAGCUGAAAGACCUUCGGGAGUAUGACGCAGCCGAGGCCCAGAGCCUGAAGCCCAGCAAAGCCGAGAAGCCACUGAGGAACGGCCUGGUGAAGGACAAGCGCCUCUGAACCCCUAGGCCCCGCCCCCGUGGACCCGGCCCCACCCGAGGACCACGCCCCCGUCCGUGGCGCUCCCCCACCCCCUCCUUCAGCUCUGGUCCUCUAGGGCCCCAGCCACCUCCCUUGGGAGCCCUGCCGCCUCAUCCUGUCUCUACUCCCUGGCCACGCCCCCCAGGACCCCCUGCUCCUCUGGGGACACCGGCCCCGCCUUCAGCCCACUGGUCCUGCGCCGCGGCGGACCCUGCACACACUCUGUCCAUCGCCAGGAAGGAAGAUGCCACCGCCGCGGCAAGGUCCCAGCUGCCGCCACCACCACCUCCUCCUCCUGGCCCUGCUGCUGCCCUUGCUGUCCCCGACCCGCGCCCACGUGCCCUCAGGCCCCGCCACCGCCGCCCUGCUCCAGGCUCUUGGACUGCACGAUCCGCCCCAGGGAGCCCCCAGGCUCCGGCCGGUUCCCCCGCUCAUGUGGCGCCUGUUUCGACGCCGGGACCCCCAAGAGACCUGGUCGGGUUCACGACGGACGUCCCCAGGGGUCACCCUGCAACCGUGCCACGUGGAGGAGCUGGGGGUCGCCGGAAACAUUGUGCGCCACAUCCCGGACCGAGGUGCGCCCACCCGGGCACCGGAGCCUGCCUCGGCCGCGGGGCAUUGCCCCGAGUGGACCGUCAUCUUCGACCUGUCGGCUGUGGAACCCGCCGAGCGCUCGAGCCUGGCCCGCCUGGAGCUGCGUUUCGCGGCGGCGGCGGCGGCGGCGGCGGCUCCGGAGGGCGGCUGGGAGCUGAGCGUGGCGCUGGCGGGUCAGGGCGCAGGCGCAAGCCCCGGGCCGGUGCUGCUCCGCCAGGAGGUUCCCACCCUGGGGCCGCCGGUGCGCGCAGAGCUGCUGGGCGCUGCCUGGGAUCGCAACACCUCGUGGCCGCGUAGCCUCCGCCUGGCGCUGGCGCUGCGCCCCCGGGUCCCUGCGGCCUGCGCGCGCCUGGCCCAGGCUUCGCUGCUGCUGGUGACCCUCGACCCGCGCCUGUGUCACCGCUUUGCCCGGCCGCGACGCGGCGCCGAACCCGUGUCGGGCGGCGGUGGGGGCGCGUGUCGUGCGCGGCGGCUCUACGUGAGCUUCCGCGAGGUGGGCUGGCACCGCUGGGUCAUCGCGCCGCGCGGCUUCCUGGCCAACUAUUGCCAGGGUCAGUGCGCGCUGCCCGCCGCGCUGUCGGGGCCCGGGGGUCCGCCUGCGCUCAACCACGCCGUACUGCGCGCGCUCAUGCACGCAGCCGCCCCGGGAGCCGCCGACCUGCCCUGCUGUGUGCCCGCGCGCCUGUCGCCCAUCUCCGUGCUCUUCUUUGACAACAGCGAUAACGUGGUGCUGCGGCAGUAUGAGGACAUGGUGGUGGACGAGUGUGGCUGCCGGUAACCAGGCGCAGGCAGGAAUGCGGGCCCAAUAAACGUCCCCGUGGUCUGCUC